GCACUGUAGCGAGAACAAUAUGGAAGUGGGACCAGGAGUGAAAGAUUGAGAGAAAACCCCGCAGAUUUUCAGCCACAGUGAAUCCCAAUGUCACACACUCGCUCUCUGUAAAAUGAUUAUCUGCUGUCACGCUAGGAGCGCUUUCUGAGUAAUGACAAUGUUGGGUAUGUACGUGCCGGACAGGUUCGUACUCAAGUCCUCUAAAGUCCAAGAUGGAAUCGGGCUUUACACCGCCAGACGGGUGAAAAAGGGCGAGAAGUUCGGUCCGUUCGCUGGGGAGAAGAGGAUGGCUAACGAGCUGGAUGAUAACAUGGACCCCAGGCUGAUGUGGGAGGUCAGAGGGAGUAAAGGUGACGUGCUCUAUGUUCUGGAUGCCAGUAACCCUCGCCAUGCCAACUGGCUGCGCUUCAUCCACCAGGCCCCAUCUCAGGAGGAGAAGAACCUGGCGGCCAUCCAGGAUGGGGAAAAUAUCUUCUACCUGGCUGUGGACGACAUUGAGACUGAUACAGAACUGCUGAUUGGCUACCUGGACAGUGACAUGGAGGAAGAGGAGGAUGUUGAGGAAGAGGAAGUUGUUAAAGAUGAAGAUGAAAACAGCAGAGAGGGCAAACAUCUUGCUGAGAGCGAGCUGGUGGUGAUUAAGAGAGAGGAGCACCCCUGCUUGCUGUGUGAGAGCAGUUUCCCCAGUGAGGAGAUCCUGGCGGCUCACCUGCAGUCUCUGCACCAGCGCCCCAGCACCGAGGACAAGGAGUUCAAGUGCCGCAGCUGCGGGAAGAGGUUCCCUGUAAAACAGGCCCUGCAGCGCCAUGUUCUGCACUGCUCAGAGAACGUGGAGCCUGGCUGUGAUUCCACCCACAUUCACCAGUGCUCCCUGUGUCACAUCAGCUUCAGCUCAGAGUCCAGCUUUGACCAGCAUAAGGAGGCCUGUAAGGGGGACGCCAGGUUUAUCUGUAAAGCAGAAAGCUGCGGGAAGAGGUUCAAAAGCAAGGAUGCCCUGAAGAAACACAAAGGGAAUGUCCAUACAGGAAGUGGCCGUCGGAAGCUGAUGUGCUCCAUCUGCAGUAAGAAGUGCUCCUCAAUGGCCAACCUGCAGGAGCAUCGCAAGAUCCACGAGGUGUUCGACUGCCCUGCCUGUGACAAGAAGUUCAUCUCCUCCAAUCAGCUCAAGCGUCACAUGAUCACCCAUUCAGAGAAGCGCCCCUACACCUGUGAGGUGUGCAGUCGCUCCUUUAAGCGGCUGGACCAGGUGACAGCGCACAAGAUCAUCCACAGCGAGGACAAGCCCUACAAGUGCAAGCUGUGCGGGAAGGAGUUUGCCCACCGGAACGUCUACAAGAACCACAAGAAGACCCACUCAGAGGAGAGGCCCUUCCAGUGUGAGGAGUGCAAAGCGCUGUUCCGCACACCUUUCUCCCUGCAGAGACACCUGCUUAUACACAACAGCGAGAGGACCUUUAAAUGCGAUCAGUGUGACGCCACCUUCAAGCGCAAGGACACGCUGAACGUGCACAUACAGGUGGUGCACGACGGACACAAGAAGUACAAGUGUGACCUGUGUGAGAAGGCCUUCGUCACACCAUCUGUGCUCAAGAGUCACAAAAAGACCCACACAGGUGAGAAGGAGAAGGUGUGUCCGUACUGCGGCCAGAAGUUCGCCAGCAACGGCACUCUGCGGGUACACAUCCGCAGCCACACAGGUGAGCGCCCGUACCAGUGCCCAUACUGUGACAAAGCUUUCAGCAAGAAUGACGGACUGAAGAUGCACAUCCGCACCCACACACGGGAAAAGCCCUAUAAGUGUACUGAGUGUAACAAAGCCUUCAGCCAGAAGAGGGGUUUGGAUGAGCACAUGAGGACCCACACUGGAGAGAAGCCCUUCCAGUGCGACGUGUGCGAUCUCUCCUUCAGCCUGAAGAAGAUGCUUAUUCGGCACAAACUGACGCACAACCCCAACCGUCCAAUGGCGGAGUGCCAGCGCUGUCAUAAGAAGUUCACCCGUAACGAUUACCUGAAGGUGCACAUGGAGAACGUGCACGGGGAGACGGACGCGUAGCCAGGGGGUGGGGCCAACAGCACGGCCAAUCCGCAAGCUCUCGCAGCUGAUGGAAGGCUUCUCUGGAUGAGCUCAACUAAGGAACAGCUUUCAAAUGAGUGGCGGGUGCAGCCUCAACCACACUGAUCUCGGACACUGAUCUCUGCUGAUCUCAGAUCUCCCACCUCUGAUCACUGAUCUCUGCUGAUCUCAGAUCUGUCUCUGAUUGCUGAUCUCUGCUGAUCUCAGAUCUCCUUUUUAUGAUCGCAGAUCUUUGCUCUGUGAUCGCUGAUCUCUGCUGAUCUGAAAUCUCCUGUCUCUGUUCACUGAUCACCGCUGAUCUGAAAUCUCCCACCUCUGAAAUAUGAUUGGUCGAUUUGAUACGAUCACUGUGAGAAAUCCUGUGAUGGUAUGACGAGUAACACGGGUGAUUUGCGUGUAACGCACACGUGUUUGGCAAUCGCAUCUAGCCUUUUGUUAUGGGGGCGGAGCUUCCUGUUCAAAUGCUUUGUGGUGCUGGACUGAGAUCAGUGUUACUGAAUGACUGGGAUCAGUCUUCCUAGAUGACUGAGAUCAUUGUUACUUAAUGACUGGGAUCAGUGUUACUGAAUGACUGAGAUCAGUGUUACUGAAUGACUGUGAUCAGUCUUGCAAGAUGACUGAGAUCAGUGUUACUUAAUGCCUGGGAUCAGUGUUACUGAAUGCCCGAGAUCAGUGUUAGUGAAUGACUGAGAUCAGUGUUCGUGAAUGACUGAGAUCCGUGUUAGUGAAUGGCUGAGAUCAGUGUUACUGAAUGACUGAGAUCCGUGUUAGUGAAUGGCUGAGAUCAGUGUUACUGAAUGACUGGGAUCAGUGUUACCGAAUGACUGAGAUCAGUGUUACUGAAUGACUGAGAUCAGUAUUGGUGAAUGACUGAGAUCAGUGUUACUGAAUGGCUGGGAUCAGUGUUACUGAAUGACUGGGAUCAGUGUUGGUGAAUGGCUGAGAUCAGUGUUACCGAAUGACUGGGAUCAGUGUUACCGAAUGACUGAGAUCUGUGUUACUGAAUGACUGGGAUUAGUGUUACUGAAUGACUGAGAUCAGUGUUGGUGAAUGACUGAGAUCAGUGUUACUGAAUGGCUGGGAUCAGUGUUACUGAAUGACUGGGAUCAGUGUUUGUGAAUGGCUGGGAUCAGUGUUACUGAAUGACUGAGAUCAGUGUUGGUGAAGGGCGUGGGUUGGAAUGCAGCCUUGGUCAGUCCAAGCAUUGGCUUUUCCAGAGUUUCCAUGAGCAGUCCGGACCCAGACCCUGGUUCUGAUAUGAUCAGCAGCUCUCAAAGUGGUUUACAUAAGGAGCACAGAAACAACUCUUCCUGUUUCAGAGCAAAGCCAUCUGCUACCCAAACAGACAUUGUGUGUGUGUGUGUGUGUGUGUGUGUCAGAUUCUGCUACCCAAAGAGACAUCAGUGUGUGUCAGAUUCUGCUACCCAAAGAGACAUCAGUGUGUGUGUGUGUGUGUGUGUGUGUGUGUGUGUGAGGUUCUGCUGCCCAAAGAGACAUCAGUGUGUGUGUGUGUGUGUGAGAGAGUGUCAGAUUCUGCUACCCAAAGAGACAUCAGUAUGUGUGUGUGUGUCAGAUUCUGCUACCCAAAGAGACAUCAGUAUGUGUGUGUGUGUCAGGUUCUGCUGCCCAAAGAGAGACAGCAUUGUCCUUGUUGCAGUGUUAUUGCACUGUUCUUUGACUGGACACUUGACACAAACGUUUAUGCAGUUACCUUCAGCCUUAAGUCAGUUACAGCUGACGUUUUUUACCGUCUGCCUAGUGUUCUGCCAUAUUUAAUGUUGUAAUACCGGCUUUACAUGACCAUAAUGCCUCUUUGUUCCAUAAUAUUUUAUAUUGAGAAAUAUAUUUGCAUUAUUUUUUAAAUCUUCCUAGUUGUUUUUGUGUACUGUUGUUUUUGUUAUGUUAGUUGGCGUUUUGUGUAUUAAAAAUGAUGGUGUCCUUCCUGCUAUUAUGUCUGUAUGUUUUCAGGAGUGUUUGAAUAUGAUGUGGGAAUAAAGUGGAAAAUGCUG